AUGAGCUGCGUGUCCGACCCGGGUAGACCCGGAGUUCGCACUCAGGCGGGAAUGACCUCAGCACUCCUCGGUAUUGGGUCCGCUGAAGUACCGCAUACCAGCGAUCGAACACUGCUAGAACUUGAAGUGCUCACUGUGAAGAGCCAUCGCAUCAAGAUCCAAAUUGACGAAAGACUCAACACGAUGUUCUCUCAAAACGCAAACAAAGGAACUGGGCCUCAUACGAGGAAGCGGACUGGAAUUCGAGCUCAAUCCAGACUCAGCUCUGCCGGUGCUAGUAUCGCGGCGGAACCUUCACCGACGAUUCAUCCAACAACCUUUCUUGCUCCUCACAGUGGUCAAUCUAGAAAGGGCAGCAUGCCUCAUAGCGCGACAAUCAACGGAAGAAACAGGUCUAUGACCCCUCUGACCCGUGGAAUUCAUACCCUCCAGGCUUUGUCAAUUACCGAAGAACAAACAAUCGUGUUGGAAGAGGGAUUGAAACAAGUGACUCAACCAACCUAUGGCCUAUCAAUUUUACUUCAAGACGAUUUUCAUGUAGUUACAGCCUAUAGUCAACUCCCAAGCGAUGUUGAGCAGAUGCUAUCUGGAUCCGAUUUAAACCUAGAUGCCUUCAAGGCACAUGUCGAUCAUUCCACUGGGUUUGCUUAUGUCUGGUCUCGGGAAGCCUGUCAUGUCUGGAAUUUCGUUAGGCGCACCUCAGCACCUCCAACGUGCUAUGUAUUCCCAUGUCCAAUCUCACGGACUGAGUCCGUUCUGGUCAAUACCUUAGCUCCGCUACCUCUGGCAUCUUUGAUCUCAAUCAGCAGCACAUCUACGUAUACGCGGCGUGAACCUGGUUUGCUACUCGUGUCUCCUACAGGUGAACUUCGGGCAUGGGACUCGCUCUCGUUGGCUCUUUCUGGGGUAGAAAAAUUCGCAACGAUACAAGUCCAGCUACAUGACGCUGAAUUGGUUCGAUGUCUUCAGCCAUUACCUUCAAGUCCCUACUCGUUCGUUCUCGCUACUUCGCAUUCGCGCCUGCUUCGUAUCGCAGUUUCUCCCGGUGCAACAGGUCGUCCAACUGUCACCUCCAGUCUUAUGUCGCGAGCUCAAACCUGGGGAAGCAAGAUCAGCACUCUGAUGCGAUGGGGACAGACCUAUGAUCCCGCAGCGGGCGUCACUGCUUUGGCUAUCGGGCCUGCUUUGGAGGGUGACACGACUAUGGGCGGAGGCGAAAUAUGGGCUCUGGAAGGUAGAGGAACCCUUCAGAGAUGGAGGAUGGGUCAUAGUGGAAGCGGCGAACGAUUGCUUUCCGACUACGAGAUCAGGCCGAUCAUUUUGGAAAACUUGGUGCCGUAUUCUGAGGUUGAUAUGUUGACCAUGGCAGAGCAAAUCGACCUCAGCUUAUUGGACCUCAGCGUCACAUAUUCCCGUGAUUUGGCGAUCCUGGUCUCAUACGUCGACGCAACAGAGCUACCUGAAGUCUUGAGUUCUAUCAAGCCAAGAUCAUAUGCCAUUAUCAUCUUAGAUAUCAUAUCGACAACCGCGUCGCCCACGGUGACUCAUGCGAUCAAGUUGCAGCAUCGUGAAUAUCCGGAUCCUCGGCUUGAGACUGCUCCAACACUCUCUCUACCCCAUGGUGGACCAGCAGCUUUCAUCUGCUUUCCAGGACGUGUAAUUGCAGUCUCAUUGACACCCGGGACAAAUCUUGAGCAGAUGGUAUCUCUGAACCUGAGUAUUCAGCCUGUGGGUGAAAGUGGAGAGAAAUUUCCUACUUUGAAAGUUCUGACGACUGCUAGCGGGAUUCUGGAAAUAGAACUCAACCCAUCUGAGCUUCAGAGACCCAUGCCCUUGACUGCUGAGGAGCGCCUUGACAGGGCAACUUUCAAGCUCAAGACCAAAUUUGAUCAGGCUAUCUUCUUUGGUGAUAAAGAAGAGAAUCCGAUUGCCUUCACUCUGGAAGCUGAAGCUGAAGACGAUUUAGGCGCUGCAGCCAAACAAAUCAGCAAAGAGAUACUUAGCUCCAGCGCUAAAAAUCUACCCCCAAUUGUGGAUCUUCGUGCACAGCUUUCCGACCUGUCAUCACAAUUACAUACUCUAAUCAAAUUUGUUAACGCCACAGGGAUGCUCAACAGGUUAUCUCGAGCUUGCAAAAGGACUCUCAUGAGCAACGCUGAACUUUUCUCGGCUACUCAUGCGCUUUGGCUUCACCAAAACCUAAAGAUAAAUGCUUUGUCUCAGUCUCAGAGACCCAAUUCGACGUUUCUUAGUCAAGUAAUUGCAUCGUACAUGAAUAGCACACAAAGGGAUGACGAUGACGAUGUGAUCCGCGGCUUUUUCCGUACCCAGUUGAAGUCAACUUUAUCAAUCUCGUCACACACACCCAAUAAACGUACUGUUGUCCUCAUCGAAUCCAAUGAAAUCAUUGUGACCGUUGGUGCUGCUGGUCCUUCUCCUCUCAAGGUUCCAAAUUCGAAUACAAAGCCACUUGAUUCCAAGACUUCACUUUCGCCUUAUUCGAUUCCCAACUUGACUGUUCUAGAUGAAGCUACUACAUGUUGUUUAGUAAUUGGUGCUGUUCGUCUUCGACUCUUUGGGCUUGGUGGUGCUAUUGUUCCUCAUAAGUUAUUUGAUAGAAGGUGGUGCAACAAUAGCAGGUGGUCAAGGUACGAUGUGGACAAGUGUGUUACAGAUUGGUGA